AUGGGCCGGGCCACCGGCCACGUGAAAUUUGAGAACGUAGCGUUCUCCUACGAAGACCGGUCUCCCGCCCUGCGCCAGGUUGACCUGGACGCCAAGCCCGGUCAGGUGACCGCGAUACUGGGGGCGCCGGGCAGCGGCAAGACCACCGUGGUCAGCUUGUUGCCCCGUUUCUACGACGUGACCUCCGGAAAGAUCACCAUCGACGGCUCCGACAUCCGGGACUUUACGCUCCAGUCGCUGCGGCACAACGUGGGCAUCGUCCACCAGGACGUGUACCUCUUCAGCGCCAGCAUCCGAGACAACAUCUCCUACGGCGUCGUGGGCGCCACCCAGGAAGACGUGGAACGCGCCGCCAAGGUUGCCCAACUGCACGAUCAGAUCAUGUCCCUGCCCGGAGGGUACGAUACGUGGGUCGGAGAGCGGGGCACGACUUUGUCGGGGGGGCAGCGCCAGCGCUUGUCCAUCGCGCGCACGAUCCUGAUUGACCCGCCGGUACUCAUUCUGGACGACUCCACCUCCAGCGUUGACGUGGAGACGGAGCGACAAAUUCACCGCGCCAUGACUGAGGUGAUGAAGGGUCGGACGACCUUCGUGAUCGCCCAUCGCCUGAGCACGGUCCGGGAAGCGGACCAGAUCCUGGUGCUGGACAAAGGGGUCAUUGCGGAACGAGGCCCCCACGCAGAACUGGUACGCACGGGCGGCAUCUACCAGAGCAUCUACGAGCUGCAGCUACGGCCGCAGGAGGAAGUCCUCCUCGAGGCGGCGGUGCCGGCCUACGGGAGGGCUGCCUUAUGA